UCCUUGCGUUUGUAGAAGCCAACCAUCGUACAGUGAAGAUUUUUUAUCCGCACGAGUGGAGUGUCGCUUGCAGCAACGUUGGAGCAUGCGCCUUGAUGCGUUGGUCGCAUGGUAUCAGAAGAAGAUCGGCACCUACGACAAGCAACAAUGGGAGAAAACGAUCGAGCAGAAAAUACUGGCCGGCAUCAACCAUCUGCCGCUGAAGAACACCAAGCUCAAAACCGAACUGAUCGAUGUCGAUCUGGUGCGCGGUUCCACCUUUCCGAAGGCUAAAUCGAAGCUCUCCAUCCUGACCGUGCUCUACCUGGCCGCGUUACGCUUUCUGCUACUUCCGGUGUACGCCCGCUGGUGGGUUCAGCAAACGUCCCCCGGGGUGUUUAUGCUGCUGCUCACACUUUAUCUCCUGCAAAUGCUCAACCUCGGCAUCUACAGCUACCGAGCACGAUCGAUCGUUGCGAACAAUGACGAGGAGGAGGGUACGUGUGCCGACCAGGUCGAUCACAUAGUGACGAUGUCGGACUUUUUAAUUCCACUCGCCCUGAGCCUGCUUCUCAGCGUUAUUCACUCACAGAUCGUCGCGACGGCUUCAAACAACAACGGCUCGUCGCUUUUCUCCUGCGAGCGGAAGCUCUCGCAAAAGUGUCACUCGCAUGGAACCUCCACAACGUCGCAACACGCAACCGCUUCGGCGACGGCAAGUAACUCGAUGUCCACGGCCGGUAUGGCGAUGAGUAAGAAGCAACGGGAGCAGCGCAUACGCCGGAAGCGACGGGUCCGCGCACACUCCGAGACGACACAAUCGUCCGCAUCCAAAACUCCCUGCGAGGAUCGAAGCAAGAAAGCGUUCGCAAGUGUUGGUGGCUCCAAGUCGGCCACCAGCUCACCGGCACGGACGGCCCCGAAGAAGGGUGCGUGUAGCACGAGCAGCAGCACGAGCAGUGAUGCCGUCGAAAGGCAACCACUUCAGCUGAACGGUGAGAGCACGGCGAAAACAAGUUCGUUGAGAAAAAUGCUUGACGACCCGGUUGGCAUAACGGUGCGGGAUUGCGGACCACCGAGUAACCCCGGUCACUCGGCAAAUAGCUACCAACAACGGUGUCCCAUGGUAGAUGUAACGAUCACGACGACAAACAGUUCCAGUGAUCAUUCACCACCGAAUGGACGCGUUUCGCUGCCGACAACGAGUGAUCACGCGGGAUCGGACGAGAUGCUUCUUGUUCCGGUGGGGCUGCGUCGACGCAACGUUAACUGGGAUCCGGCGGUACCGGAACGGGCCCGUUCCGAUACGUCCCCUUCGGAGGCGAUCGUUGAUGACGACGGGUUUGAAAGUUUGAACGGGAAAAGCUCCGGCGGAGAGGAUAGCGUGGGGAACGUUUUUCAUGCCGAUCGGCGGGUGUACUACCGGAAGAUGGAUGUUAAAGGUGAAUGGAUUGACAGCAGCACCGCGAUGGAGGCCCAAGAGCAGCAUCGCCAGUCGGACUCCGAUACGGACACGUUGAAAAAUACCACCUCUGCUGGUCUCGGCUCACCGGUUGGUGUUAGCGAGGAUAUGGUAACCCCCGUAGAAGCACCACGAGUGAAAGAGUUGAAGCGUAACGCAUCCGAAUCGGACACCGCCAACGGGAGCGUUCGGGAACGGCAACGGCGACCAAAGGACUCAAGUAAGCAGCAACUGGCAGCGUCAGACCCGGCCCGCCCGUCCAAGGACGACGGUACGAGACGGUCGAGCGGUCCGGACGAAAAGCUAGGGACAAGCUGCAGCGACACGGACGACGAGAACGAGUACGAUUUGCAUUCGCCGUCGCCGCCACACAUGCACCACCACUCACCGCCACCUUCGCUUCGCCAUCAUCCCGUCGGCAUGCGCCCAUCGGCGCCACCAUCGGUACUCGUGGCGCAGCACCAUUUGCUUCACCACCUUCAUCGUCAUUCCAUGCAGCCGCUGCAUACCGUGCAUCAUCCGCCUCAUCCCCAUCAGCACCACUUUCACCAUCAACCCUCCGUACUGACCGAAGGUGAAGAAUGUAGCUACAGCUCCGAGUUGGACCAUUCCGAUACGCAGAACGAGCACUCGGACGAUGACUACGAGCUCGAGGAUGCCCCAACGAUCAUACUGAAUCCGGCCUGCGGUGCAAAUGACCGUGUCAGCUGUACCAUCUGGGAGGCGCGCGAGGCCAAAAAGGCGGAAAUGUCUGUGCUGGAGAUAUCGUCCGCCAUCAUCGAACGUGUCGAAGCGAUGCCCGAGUCGUGCGAUUACGUCUACAUCGGGGUGGUGCUUAGCGUGUUCCUGUCGCUGGUACCCGCCUUCUGUAGGCUGUGCGAAGCGACCGUCGAUUCGACCAAUUCGACCGAGGUGAACUUUCUCGACAUGCCGCUGAUACUGUUCGAGAAGGCAUCCUUCUCGCUGCUGGCGAUCUUCCGCUUCGCCUUCGGUGAAAGCGAAUGGGAGCGGUUCGUCCUGGUGCUAGGUUUCUUCCUGCGGUUGGUGCUCACGUUUCUGGUGUUUUUCCUGCUGGCCGUGGCCGAGCGCACGUUCAAGCAGCGGUUCCUGUACGCGAAGCUAUUCUCCCAUCUGACCUCGUCCCGGCGGGCACAGAAGUCCGCCAUUCCGCACUUUCGCCUCAACAAGGUGCGCAACAUCAAGACGUGGCUGUGCGUACGAUCGUACCUGAAACGGCGCGGUCCACAGAACUCGGUCGACGUAAUUGUGUCGGCGGCUUUCAUCAUCACGUUGCUGCUGUUGGCGUUCCUGAGCGUCGAGUGGCUGAAGGAUUCAGUGCAUUUGCACUCGCAGUUCAACCUGGAAGCGCUCGCCUGGUCCUGUGCGUUUGGUACGUUUCUGCUGCGCUUCAUGACACUGGGGACGAAGAUCAACAAAAAGUACAAGAGCGUGUCGGUGCUGAUCACCGAGCAGAUUAAUCUCUAUGUUCAGAUCGAGCAAAAGCCAAACAAAAAAGAUGAGCUAAUGAUAUCGAAUAAUGUGCUUAAAUUGGCGGCCGACCUCCUAAAGGAACUGGAAUCUCCGUUCAAAAUCUCCGGUCUCAGUGCGAACCCCUAUCUUUAUACCACCGUAAAGGUGGUCAUUCUGUCCGCCCUUUCCGGCGUGCUUAGCGAAAUGCUCGGGUUUAAGCUUAAACUCCACAAAAUCAAGAUUAAGUAAUGGUCUCUCGAUCGCUAGAAUGUUUCGGGUCUGGCCAACCUUGUGCCAGAUCGAUAGUAUUAACUGGUUAUGAAAAUAUGGUUGCAAGAUUGUGACGCAACCGGUAGAUAACAAACAACUCGCCCAUAUAUACCUGUGCAAGGAGCAAUGAAUGAUUCCUAACCUGAUGAUUCUCAUGCCUGACGAUACCCCUUGAGGGUGAUGAGUGUGGAUGUUAAAUUGGUAGUGCAAUAGGGUUAAGCCGAACGGUGGUAGAUGUACGAUGAUGCAGUAAACUGCACAACACAGGGUUAGUAGAAUGUCACGAUCCGUUGAUCGGUAGUUUUUGGUAGCAAGUUUUCGUAGCCGCCGUCCCUCUCGGGAAAGAAGCUAAAGAGAUAGAUAUCCCAGUGUGGGAACUGUGUUAGAACUGAAUCGUAUAGAGUUUAUUUUUCUAGGAGGAAAUUAAUCAACUAGCAAAGAUUUUUAAAUAAUAUCACACUCUGCAAAGCAAAGUUGUAGCAAACGGGGAGGCAAAACACUUUUACACGGCAGAGAAAAAGAGGUCGUUUACGUCGUUUUAGAUGGGGAUGAGCUUCACACAGCACUAGUGGCCCGGUUGCCGGAGCAAAUCAUGCCUGCGUUUAAGGAGUUGUGCGUUUUACGACUGGUCCUGUUCCUCCUGUCGACGUGAAUUAGGUGUGUAAGUGUGUACGUGUGUUAAAUGUAUGUGUUAAAAAUGUAAAGAUAACAGGAUAGCAGAACCUACGCCUACUUUCACUUUACGGCAAACAAAUCAAUUAUUAUAAUCUUUAACUUGAUGCAACGGUAAGAAAGGUCGAACGUACGGCACGUUCUUGCCACACUAGAUUCGCUCUAUUUUAGUAGUUCUCAAAGAAGAUAAU